AUGAAGUCUUAUCAUUCACUAUUAUUGUCUAAUCACACUUUACGAAUAUUUUUUCUGUUAUAUACAAUAAUUAGAACAAUCAAUGCAAUACAAGCGAAAAAUAUUCAUGAUACUACGAUUGGUAUUGAUAAAUUUGGAAAUCGAAAUUCAGAAAAUGAUGAUACUGGCAAUUAUCAUCAAUCAGUGAGUACGAUAACGAAAAAUGGAGUAUCAGAAAAAGUUGAUGAAUUAGUCACUGAUGAAGAUUUUAUUUUAAAUACAUUUAAACAACGGCAACGACAACAACAACAACAAAAUGAAAACGAGAAAAGUGUAAAUAACGGAAGAAACUUCAAUAACGUCAUUGUUACAAGUACAAAUAACACUACGGAUAGUAAACGGAAACUCUUUGCUAAAACAAAUUUUACUGAUUUUUCAUUAAUCUAUUCUGCAAACAAUGCUGUAAACAAGAAACUUUCAUUAGCAAUUAAUCCAAUAUCAAAUAAUUCUAAAUUUUUCUCAUCAUUAAUUAAUCAAUCAAAUCAUAUUAAUAGUAUCAGUAGUAAUAAUAAUAAUAAUAUUCAAUGGAAAAAUUUGAAUCGAAAACGGAACAAUUUCAAUGAUCGCAACAAUGAUCGAAAAAAACGUUGGGCAAUGAAGAAUGAUGACGAUAAAAUGAGUGGAAUGGAUGAAUUAAUUGAACGUUUAACACCAACAAAUUAUAAUUCACCAACAAUUGCAUCCGAUGAAAUUUCAACAUUAUCUGAUUAUCAUAUUGAUAAUGAUCGAUUUCGAAUACCAAUGGAAAAUAUUGUUAUUGUUGGUAGCGAUGCAGAUGAUGAUAAUGAUGAUGAUGUUGAUAUUGUUGAUAAUGGUAAUAUUGGAAGUAGCAGUAAUAUUGGAAAUAAUGAUAUUUUUAAAGGUACAACAUAUGAUGAUGCUGAAAUAACGGAUAGUUAUGAACAGAUGAAUUCGGUUGAGGAAAAUGGUAAUGAUGAAAAUACAGAAAUGGGAAUUGUUCGAAUUGCACCGGAAAUGUUACCAAAAGAUAGCGUUGAAGAAAUGGAUAAGCAAUAUGAAACAAAAUUAAAACCAACCAUACAUUAUUUGGAAUCACGAACAGAUGAAAUGAAAAAAUCAAAUGAAAUAAUGGAAAUGGAAAAAAUAGAUGGAAAGCAAUUGGAUGAAUUGGAAAAUUUGAAGGAAAUUAUGGACGAAAAAUUAUUAAAAAUUGAUAUGUCUCAAACAAAAAAACAUUUGCUACAAGAUGAAGUAGAUUUGGGAACAAUACAAGAAAUGAGAAUUUCGGAUGAUCCUAAUGAUGCUGCAAUUGCAUGCGACGAUGAAACUGAAGGUAGUGGUUUGCAAGGAGAAGGAGAAGGAGAACUUCAAGAAUACG